AACAUCUGUCUGCACUGAUCCAUAAAGUUGCAACAAUGGCAGCUGUUACAGAUGUGCUUCUAGAAACACUGGAGGAUUUGAGUGAUCAGGAUCUCAACAAAUUCAAGUUGUUCCUGCAGUUCACUUAUUUUCAGAAGAGUCUUCCACAAAUCAAACUGAAUAAUGACAGAAGAGGAAUAGUGAAUGAUAUGAUGGAUAAACUUGGUCAUCAGUCUGUGGAGGUGAUCAGGGAGGUUUUAACAGACAUGCAGAGAACUGAUCUGGUGCAGAGGCUGUCAGAGAGCAGCUCAGGACUCAAAGCUGCAGGAUCAUCAGCUGAAGGAUUUGAUGUGGAGGAAACAGAGAAAGAGAAACACUCUGAGGAUGAACGUUGGCCUGCACUGAUCCACAAAGUAGAAACGAUGGAGUCUGUUAUUGAGCUGCUGCUGGAAACUCUGGAUGGUCUCAAUGAGCCGGAGCUCAGUGAGUUCAAUAAGAACCUGCCACAAAUUCAUCUUCACCAAUAUUACUCAGACUUCUCAUGGAUGUGGUACAUGAGGACAGACCUGCAGCACACAGUGUUUCUGAUGGUGCUGAUUUACGGCCAACAGUCAGUGGAGAAGACCAUGGAGGUCUUAAAGGAGAUGAAGAGGACUGAUCUGGCUCAGAGGCUGUCAGACUGCAGCUCACUGCCUCGAAAGAAACACUCUGUGGAUGAACGACGCUCUGCACUGAUCCACAAAAUGGCAACAAUGGCAGCUGUUAAACAUCUGCUUUUAGAAACUUUGAAUGAUUUGAGUGAUGAGGAGCUCAAGAAAUUUAAGAGGCUCCUGCAGACGAUCAUUCCUUGGAGGAAUCUGUCAUUCUUCUCACGGAGGUUGAGUCGAUUAUCAAACAGAGCAGAUACAGUAAAUCUGAUGAUGGAUAAACUUGGUCAUCAGUCUGUGGAGGUGACCAGAGAAGUUUUCAUGCACAUGAACAGAACUGAUCUGGUGCAGAAGUUACCAGAGAGCAGCUCAGCAUCCAGAGAGAAACACUCUGUGGAUGAACAUGGAGCUGCACUGUUGAAGAGAGUGAGUGUGACUUUAACUCAGCUUUCAUUCAGUAGAUUCAGGCUGUAA